UUUAUUUCUUCUUUCCCACAAAAGUUUGAAGGUGUACCAAAAAGUUAUCUAUAUUUUCCAUCUAUCUCUCUUUAAAUAACAUGACUUAAGCCUGUGAAAGUGGAGAAGAAAAAGAAACCAAGAAAAUGCCAGAAUACUGUGUAACAGGGGGUACAGGGUUCAUUGCAGCUUACCUUAUUAAAGCCCUCCUCCUAAAGGGUCAUAUUGUAAGAACCACUGUUCGUGAUCCUAGUAAUGCGGAGAAAGUGGGGUUCUUGUGGGAGCUAGAGGGUGCUAAAGAGAGGCUCAAGAUUAUGAAAGCUGAUCUAUUAGUGGAAGGUAGCUUUGAUGAUGCCAUUCAGGGAGUUGAUGGAGUCUUUCAUACUGCUUCACCUGUUUUGGUCCCUUAUGAUGACAAUAUUCAGAAAACACUGAUUGAUCCAUGUGUAAAUGGUACCUUGAAUGUUCUCAACUCUUGCAAAAAAUCAUCCACCUUGAAGAGGCUUGUGUUGACCUCUUCUUGCUCUUCGAUUAGAUACAGAGAAGAUGCACAACAGAAUUCCCCUCUCAAUGAAUCCCACUGGAGCGACCUUCAGUAUUGCCAAAAAUACAAUCUAUGGUAUGCUUAUGCUAAGACUAAAGCUGAAAAAGAAGCUUGGAGAGUAGCUGAGGAAUGUGGUAUUGAUUUGGUGGUGGUAAACCCAUCCUUUGUUGUGGGUCCUUUGCUUGCUCCUCAGCCUACCAGUACAUUGCAAAUCAUAUUGGGCACGGUUAAAGGUAUGAUUGGAGAGUAUGCCAACAGAAGGUUGGGGUUUGUUCACAUUGAGGAUGUUGUGGGAGCUCAUAUUUUAGUGAUGGAAGAACAAAAAGCUUCAGGUAGAUACAUAUGUUCAAACUCAGUGAGACACAUGUCACAGAUCAAUGACUUGUUAAGGACCAAGUAUCCAUCUUAUCCUCAUGAGAACAAGUGUGGCAACCAACAAGGGGAAGAUAUCCCACAUAGCUUGGACACCAGCAAGAUAACUCAAUUGGGGCUGCCUCCUCUAAAGAGUCUCAAUGAAAUGUUUGAUGAUUGCAUUCAGAGUUUCCAAGAAAAAGGAUUCCUAUGAGCUGAUAUA